AAUUAAUUUACGGAACGAGAAGUUUUGUUAGUUUGAAAGAUUUGACGUAGAAGUGUUUUUCAAAAUAUGUCACUCACAAACACAACAACAACAACAACCACACAAUCCGACGAACGCGAAGUUAGCGGCAGUGUUGAAGUGGAAGUGGAAGACGUACCAGAAGAAGAAGCGGAACCGGAGGAAGACGUACAUCAGGAACCUGAGGAAUUUUCAGAAGACAAAUGCAAUCUAUUUUCUUCGGCUAAAUAUUGCGAGUUACUUAAAAUAAUUGCAGAAAGCGAAAAUGAAGAACAGUUCUUAUUUAAGAACUACAACAGAAUUGACUUAACAGCAUUGCCGCCAAAGCAAUAUCUAGAGGAAACGGUUGUUCCCAUACUGAUGCCAGCUUUACAGUACUUAAUCAGCGAGCGACCCCCUGAACCCAUAAAUGCCUUAUGCGUGUAUUUAUUAAAGUAUAAGGCCGAUUUUGAGAAGUACUGUAAUACUGAACCACCCCAGCAAGACCAGGACGAUGAAACCGAAGCCAAGAAUUAAUGUACUGAGUUAGUAAA